AUAGUUGUCAUGCUUGACACUGUAACCUAUAACUUUAUGGCCUUUAUUUACCAAUAGCAAUAAAAAUAUCGCAAACCAAGGUUUUUAUUGUUUAUAGAUUUUAUUUAUUAUACAAUAAACCAUGAAGGUUGAAAAAGAAAAGCAAGUUACAGAAACCGAAACUUCAGUUGCAGAAUCUACAGUAAAUAGUUCUCAAAAUGAAGAUUCCCAUACUGAAACAGGCAUUGAAUAUUUCAAUGGGGUUGAAAUUUCCAAACUUAGCAAAAAGCAGAAGAAAAAGUAUCUUCGGUCAGUUAAUUGGAAUAAAGUAAAAAAAGAAAAGCGUAAGAAGGAAAGAUUAAAGACCAAAGAGAAAAAAAUAUAUGCCAAGCUUCAUGGCAUUGAUUUGGGCCCCAGUAGAAAAGAACUAAAAAGGGUUAAAAUGGCGAAUAGUCCAUGCAAAAUAAGUGUUUGUAUAGAUUUAAGUUUCGAUGAGCUGAUGAUAGAUAAAGAUAUGGCCAAAACUAUUAAGCAAGUGCUAAGAAUCUACACAUUGAAUCGAAGAGCCAAGGCACCAAUGCAGCUUCACUUAAGUAGUUUUAAUGGUAAAAGUGAAAAGGAAUUUUCUAGGCAUCAUGGACAUGAACAUUGGGAUAUAAACUUUCAUACAGAUGAAUAUAUAAAUAUUUUUCCCAAGGAAAAAUUAGUUUAUUUGAGCAGUGAAAGUGAAAAUAAUAUUAUGGAAUUAGAGCAAGACAAAAUUUAUAUUAUAGGAGGUUUAGUUGAUCAUAAUGCACAUAAGGGCAUAUGCUACAAUAAGGCUGUUGAACAAGGUAUAGCACAUGGAAAGUUACCAAUUGAGGAAUAUUUUUGGAUGAAACAAAGGAAAGUUUUAACAAUAAACCAUGUGUUCGAAAUUCUUUUAUAUGUAAGUGAAGGCAAUCAUUUCAAGGAAGCAUUUGAAAAAAUACUACCUAAGAGAAUUGACAAGAUAGCAACUGAUAAUUCUAGUGUUGACAAUGAUAAUUCAGCUUUAGCAUCAAAUGAAACAUCAAUAGACAAUGAAGAUACAAUAAUUCUAAAUAAUGAUAAUACAGAAUGUGAUGUUUCCAAGUCAAAGGAGGAAAUGGUAUAAUAAUGAAAAUGUUGAAAUUUAACAACCUUUCACAUUGUGAUAUAUUGAUUUUGAAAUGUUGUUUAUUAUUUAUAA